UUUAAAGCAGCAGUGCCUAAUUGUAAAGGAUAAAAUUAAGGUACCGAGUUAGACUGUGCUAUGUAUCAAUGGCUAGGCAAGCUUGUGGCCUCAAGAUUCUUGAAGAUAGCCAUGUAUCUCCGCUGCCUGGCUCAGUUCUGACCACCACCGUGCCUCUCACCUUCUUUGACAUCCUCUGGCUUGGUUCUUUCCUUAUGCAACGCCUCUUUUUUUAUGAAUUCCCUUACCCUACCUUGCAUUUCACCCAAACCAUUCUUCCUAAUCUCAAAACCUCUCUCUCCCACACCCUACAACAUUUCUUCCCUUUUGCUGGGCAUCUCGUGCUCCCUCCACGUCAUCAACAGCCCUAUAUCCUCUACAAAGAGGGUGACUCUGUUAACUUUGUUGUUGUCGAAUCCAUGGCCAACUUCAACCAUCUCGUAGGCAACCAUGGAAGAACCAUCGAACAAUUUCAACAGUUGCACAACUUCAACCAUCUUGGGUUCCCUGAAACCCACGCAAGGUUCUGUCGAACCCAAGCCUGGGUUCAUUGGAACGCAACGCUGGGGGUUUUGCCUGGGUUCGAUGGAACCCUAGCACUUGGGUUCCAUCCAACCCAGGCUUGGGUUCCGGCGUGGGUUCCAUGGAGGGCUUCUCUUAGCAAAGAAUUUUAUGGCAUUGGGGGUGGGAUUGGGAAGCCUGACAAAAACGAAAAGACUAUGGGGCCACCAUCUUCACCGAGAACAGACCCAGUUGGCCUGAGGGACUCCGUUGAAGAGCUCGUGAAGUUCACUCUCCACUCCCAUAUAAACGGAACUCUAGAAUUCGAUCUUGGGCUCUCCAAAGAUUUCUGCUUUUCUCUUCUCAAAGACGAAUCAAGUGACCCCAUUACAGAUAGGUUGGUUUGGUCAAGAAAAUCGAAACAAUUAGAAGGCAUAACUGCCCUGGCAGUGUUGCACAUUCUUCAGGAGCCCCUGAAUCUCCUGUAAGGAAUAGACUAGCUACAGCUUUGCAUGAAUCCAUAGCUUCUGGGGCAUUUUUUGGGACGUACUGCAAAUUGGACUCUCUGUAUGAUGAGAGUGGGUUGAAGCAGAAAGAAAAAUGGGAUGAACUGAUCCGUGACAAGGGUUCUGAAUUAAAAGAUAUACUGAAGACUGUAACUUUUGAGCUUCAUGUUCACGAACCUUACUUCACUAAACUAAAAGGGACAAUUUCAUUAUGUUCUUUACAUUAGAAACAACCAUUUCAAUGAAAAAAUUUUGAAUAAUUCUACUUGGUUACCUGAAAUACUGUGGAUGGGUGCCAAUUGUGCCUGCAUUGAUUGAACAAACUGUUUGAUGGUAU